AUGAUCAGUCGGUUGCGCAACGCUCUUCAACGCCUCCUCUGCACCUCUUCCUCCUCCUCGGAGCCCAACACCGCCAUGAUGCCCACCGCCGCCACCCGUCCACGGCCAUCACCCACCGUCACCACGGCCACCGGCGGCCGCAUCCUCGGCAAGACGCAGCCUGCAGUGCCGGAGCAGUACCCGCGCGCCGUCGAUGCCUUUUACGGAGUCCCCUACGCCCGUGUCCCGCUGCGCUUCCGCGCCGCCGUGCCACUCUCCCCAGAGUCCCUUUCGCGCUUCGACGCGAGCACGCCGGGGAGGGGCCGCCAGCCCAUGUACGGCGCGGUCGUGAGCUCUGCGGCGGAAAAGACGCUCACGCUGAAUAUCUUCCGACAUUCCUCGACGCCGGGAGGGAAGAGGGUGCCGGUGGUGGUGUAUGUCCACGGCGGGGGGUUCAACUUUGGCGAGCCGCUGGAGAGGGACCACGUGGCGUUUGUGUCCUGGAGCGGCCGCGAGGUCGUGGUGGUGAGCGUGUGCUACCGGCUCGGCGUCUUGGGGUUCACGCCCGGCGGCGGCAAAGGGAGAGAGCUGAAUUUAGGGCUCAAGGACCAGCGGCUGGCGCUGGAAUGGGUAAAGGAGCAUAUUGGCAUCUUUGGCGGCGACGGGGAGGACAUUACAUUCAUGGGCGUCAGUGCAGGCGCGCACUCGAUCGGGCAUCAUAUCCUAGAUCCACGUGGGCCGUUGCUGUUUGGCAAGGCCAUUCUGGAGUCGGGCGCCGCGACGGCCAGAUCGGUCCUGGCGGCGACGCAUCCGCGGACGCGGGCGCAGCUCGCCAGCCUGGAAGCCAACGGCACGGAUGGGAAGACACUAGAGACGCUGGAUGUAGAGGGCGUGCUGGAUGCCAACAUGGCCGUCUGGGCUGACAAUGCGGCCGCCGUGACCUGGCCGUUUCAGCCCGUCAUCGAAGAGAACCCGUCCAGCGACGCCGUGAUCCCGGCAACACCACUGCAGCUGUGGGAGCAGUUUGCCGAGAGAAUGGCCAGCGCGCCCCAGCACCAGCAGCAGCAGCCCCUGGCCGUCAUCACAGGGUUCUGCUCCCACGAGGGGACGAGCUUUGUCCCGGGCCUCGCGGCCACAAACGCCGAGUUCCGGGCCUUCUUCGCCACGCUCAUCCCGGGCUUCUCCGCGCAGGACCUCGACCGGCUCGAGCUUCUCUAUCCCGAUCCCGUCGCGGACCCGGCCUCGCCGUACCGCAACGACGCGGCCGCGUGUCGCGGCAAGGGCGCGCAGUACACGCGCCUCCACGAGGCGUACGCGCACUAUGCCUACAUCUGCCCCGUCCUGCACACCGCCCACAAGCUCUCCGCCAUUGCUGCUGUUGCCGCGCUGCCCAGCAGGGCACUGAUUAGAGUGUACGUCUACGAGUACGCCGCGCUGUCGGGGAGGUGUCCCGCCGCGGGCCACGGCGACCAGGCGAGCGUCGUCGCGCACGACGCGGUGCAGCUGCACGGCCAUCCGGGGCUGGCGGGCGUGGCGGAGGCGAUGCACGCGCGGUGGACGGCGUUUGUCGCGGGGGCGCUGGGAGAGGACUCGUGGCCGGCGUUUGAGACGCCGUUUGGCGGAGGGGACGGCGAGGGCCGGAUGCUGGUGUUUGGACGGGGGAAUGGGGAGAGGGUGCCGGGCGGUUGGAGGGAGGAGGGCGUGGCGGUGACGGAGAGGACGGUGACGGAGAGCGAGAAGAGGCAGUGCGAGUUUUGGUGGGCGAGGAUGGGGUUGAGUCAGGGACACGGUGUGUAG